AGUAAGUCAGAAAAAUUAAAAAAGGUUAUUAGACAUCGUAAAUUACGAUUUUAAGUAAAUAUAAAUCGUUUAUUUUCCCAAAAAUAAACCAAGUACAUCAAUUACUUCUUUAUUCGACGAAGCUUCCCAAUUUACACGGUAUAUGUAUACGUGCCCCUUAACGACAAACCCUACCUCCCAAUGCUUCUUUCCCAGUUCUUCUCUGCCGUAACUCCUUCUAUCACCUCUGUGUCUAUCCUUAUCCUCUUCCUUAUUUCUGCCACCGUCCACUGCUCUCUCCACUGUGUACUUCUGAGAAAAUGUCGAAGGAGACCGUCACCGACCCCACACUUAGUCCCGUCGACCUCUCGGAAGAACCGAUGUCUAAUCUGAUCAACAUCUUCCGUACAAAUGAACAGUCUGCGGAUUUUGACCUCCUAGAGGCCGAACUUCUCAGGAGGGAGGGGUUAUGGGAGGCUAGGAGUGAAAAGGCGGCAGAGGAACUCUUCCAGCUCCAUGCCAAGAACGUUGACUUAAUGGUCAAAUUGAAGCAAAUGGAGGAUCAACUGGAGGAAGAGAAGAAGGCACGGCGACGGGAUGAAAAGUUGCUUCGCAGGACCUUGCGACACUAUGACGUGGCCGGUCAACGACUGUAUGACAAAGCAACCGAAAUGAUGGCGGAAAGCUCAAAUUGGCGACUCCUGGCAAACAGUGUCGUGGAUGUUUUGACAGCCAAAGAGAAAUCUUUGUCCCGCCAGGAAGGCGUUCCACCGGAGCAGGGUGAAGACAGUGACGGAGGUAUUUCAACUAGUUCACAUGGGUGACAUCUUUAUGUUGUUUUCGUUUUUUGUCGUUGACCAAAGCCUUGAAUGAUCUAUCUGGUUUGUUUGUUUCGUCGUCCUUUUGAUCUUAUGAAAAGCUAAUUAAACCUUUGUAGCGAUUAUUAUAUCUACUUUCAUCGGUUCGUUCUCUGCUUAUCGUGAAUUGUUUGUUGUUACCAAUAACUCAGCCCCUAUGCCUGUAAUUCACCCAAGUGAAACAAGUCGUUUGAGCGAUUUAGACAAAAUUACGGAAUUGUCUCGAGCCGUUAUCAUUUAACGUUUACCACGCAUGAUUCCAGAACAUUUCGGCAACUAUUUACAACUCAUGAUUCCAACUAAGAUGCUUGGAUCAACAAAGAUUACGAAGGGACUGGUUUAUACAAGUACGUACCUCAGUGUGAUUCCCUUCUUUGAAAAGUACGCGCUUUUUUUUUGGGGGUUGUGAAAAACGUAAACGUACGCGCGUUAAUCUGGCGAAACACCUCCCGCCUUUUAAAAUUUUUUUAUCUUUUUAAUAAAUAACCCUUAAACCUGAUUAGACUGGUCAUUAAUUGGAAAUUAAUGUGGGUGCAAUUACCAAGGGCAAUAAACGGAUUUCUAACAAAAGCUAUCACCACCGAAUGUAUUCAAAAUUUAAAUUAUAGCCUUAACCAAAUCUUAUCAAUCAUUCCACUUCAGUGAGUCAGCGAAAAAUCCGUUCGUGUUGUCAGCCUUUGCCCGUUGAUGGAUGCACGGAUUGAUGUAGUCCUUGGAAGCAGGUAAGUUGUUCAUAAUUACACUUAUUAUUUUGUAUAUUUACGGUUUUUAAAUUUUUUUUUGUGGGUUUCGUCUUUGGUCAUCCUGAAAAAUAACAUUUUUUUUAUCUGGUAUUUGGGCCAGAGAAAUAGAGUCGACCCAAAAACGAAAACCCGAACUCGCCAGAAACCCAACCCCUAAUAACCGACCCCACUCGAAGCUCCUAUCCUCUUCAGGUACGAAACUUUUUGGCUUCUAGAGGAAGACUUCAUGGAAGGGUGAUGGCGCACAGUGCUAAGGGGGUGGAACUCUGACUAAAUUAUUUAAUUAGAUAGGAUUCAGCCUUCAUAUCCGCUCGAUUCACACGCUGUCCACUCUCUUGGUGUUCUCCUAACUAAGAAUAUCCCCUUCUUCUCUGUUCGUGCCUGAACGAGAAAAUGGUACGAGAACACGCGAAAGGUGACGUCCUUAGGGUUAUCAAAGCGGCAGGAGAUCCGUCGCGACCGAUGCGUCUACCGUUUCCGAAUCGGCUCCUGCCGAAAGGUAGCAACCAUCUCUACGUCACGGUCGCCGAUGGGUCAAACCAUACCUACAAGAUUGAAUGCAGACCCAACGGGUGGAAAGAGAUCGCUCUCGGCACGGGAUGGCAAAGGUUCUAUCGUGAAUACAAGCUCCAACCAUCUAACAUUCUGCUCUUCAAGCACAAGGGCAGAGACGACUUCAGCGUUCGCAUCUUUCAGUCACCUGGUUUCGAGAGGACGUAUGCUACGUCCGGUGAUGAAGUCGUCGACGUCACACCCCGGAAGGUUCGACGGAUCCGUACACACGAUACUGAAGCGCCCCGGCGUCGAACGGGGUGCAUCAAUGUCCCCAGGACCGCAGCUGCAGCUGAGGUGGAGCAGACAUUUCGGUCCGAGCACCCCUUCUUCAUCAUGCACAUCACGAAAAGGCUCUUGGGCACCCACUUCCUGCCAAAUGUGCCGCACUUUGGAGACAACGUCAACGAUUGUGUCAUGGUGACUCUCAGAUCGGGGGAGAUCUCCGUCCGGGCCGUCUACAACAAAUACGGGGGCAAGAGAAGGCGCAAUUGUGGGGCCAUUAGCAAAGGGUGGGUGGGUUUCUUGCGCAAGUGUAACAUAAGUGUCCCCAAGCUGGCCGUCUUUGAGAUCUCCAGUACCCACCCAAAAGUGGAGCUGUUGGUCAAAUUUCUUGAUUUUGAAUGAAUCCAACUGGGUUGAUGACCUAGCUGACCAUGUUAUUUUGGAUUGCCUUUUCUGAUUUGGCAACAACUAUUUGUGUUCUGAUUGUCGAUGUGUUGCAACUGCUAGACUUCACUCUUUUUGUACAUGAUAUAAUCUUAUGACCGGUGUAACUAAGAACUUUUCAAAAUAUCAGUGUUCCUUAAAUUACUUUACAAUUCCAAUUCACACAGCAGCAUGGAUGCUCUCUACACUAAUUUGCAAUUUCAAUCCAUACAGCACUAUGGAUGCUCUAAAAUAAUUUCCAUGUUUAAAUAUAGGGCGUUACAAAAUAAAGUCAUAUAGCGGCCUGGAUAUGGUCAAAUUGGAAGUAUAACACUCCAAAACAGUUUACUAUAGCUACCUAUUCUUUGUCCAAACAUAGAACAUCACGCAUGAUCUUCUAAGAAGCUAAAACACCUGCUGCAUCACCAAACCUUUGCCUAAUUUGAAGACCCACGUUCCCACUGGAUUAAGCUGUGAGCGCACUAAAAAUAAUGAAUGGUUACCAAAUUGUGCCCUGUGAAUCAUAACCAUCGUCCAAGGCAACGUCCGAUGCAUCGUCCCAUGCCAGCUACGACGAUACUUUCAGUUAGCCAUUAACUCGGAAUCGAUGAACAGCAAUACAUAAAUUGAAAAAGACGACUAAACAAAUUUGUUGGCAAAGUCUUACCUCAUCCUCCGCAGAUGAGUCCUCCCUUCUGCAAGUUUCACCGACGCCCUCACCACUAAAGUAUGAUGCACCCUCUUAGCCCAACACUUCAGCCCAGCAUUGGUUUCAGAAAAAAGGUGCAUCUCAGGGAAAAAAAAUCCAUAGGCCCAUCACGACUGACCCAAGUUCAACCAACUGUGUUCUAACCUAGCCCGCCCGACCCGUAACACGAUGGGUUUCUCCUUCGUCAUCCUGUCGCCCACCAUCCCCGCGCCGCUUCGAUCGUUCCUUGUUGGGCGUCUCCGGCAAAGCCAUGCAUCUAGCCGAAACAUCACUCCUUGUUAUCGGACGGACACCGUAUCCAGCUCCGGCAAGGACGCUAUGCAGAUCUUCAUCCUCCGAAUCAACGAGUGGCGACAGAGGCGGCAUUUCGGAAAGCAGGCAGCUUUGCAGUGUGACUCCGCGGGAGAAAGCUUCCUGCAACUCCGUUACUCCAUUGAUGGGUCAGUGACGGAUACGUAUCCAGCGCAGCUUAUCUUGUAUGCGUCAAACGACGUCCACGGCGCUUUUCCUUCCCUCUCAGCCCUCCUCUAUCAUGUCCGAUUUGGCGUUAAACAGAAUCACUAACAGUCAUUAAUUUAGCUCUUAAAACAUGAUAAAAUAAUUCCACAUAAACCCAACUAAUUUUUAAUUGUAACAAAAAUAACCAGCUACAAAGUGAAAUUUGCACACUAACCCCUCUGACACACCUACACCACUAACCAAUCAUAAGAGGAGAGAGAAAGAGUAAUCUCUACCAUUGGAUUGAAAAAACAGAGAGAUCCGACGGCCACCCUCAAAUGGCGCACCGAUCAACCAAACAUAAACAUCAUGUGCACUGGUGUGCCAAAGAAUCUUGGCACACCGAAUCCGUCCCCAUGAAAGAAUAUCUAUUGUGUCACAAAAACGUAUGUAUAUAUAUUCUACAUUGAUGAAAAACGGAAGGAUGAAUUCCUAGUGCUGCAAGUGAAUAUAUACUUGGGGUUCAAGUUUAAUCAUUUCUGCACUUUACUUUUCUUUAUUUUAUACUCAUUAGUUA